AAGAAAGAAAGAAAAAACGAGAGAGAAGAUGGGUGAUCACUUGGAAAUCCGGAUCGAGCAGGGAUUCGAGCUCAAUCCGACCCCGGAGAAGCUGAUCAAAGGCUACCUGAUUCCGUGGGUGACGGGGCAGAAUCCGACAUGGAACGGCGUCGUUGAGAAGGCCAUCUACGGCGACAGCUUCCCGUGGGAGAUUUUCAGCGACAUCGAGUCGCUUUACCACUCGAAGAUGGAGGAAAAGGGCGCCAUCAAGUACACCAUCUUCGCCUUCACUACGCUGGUAAGGGCUCGAAAUUCCAAGAGGGUUUCAAGAAAGGCCGGGGAGGGCACGUGGCACGGCCAGACGGGCCCCAUGAAGAUUGAAGACUCCAACACCGGUUUUAUCAUCGGUCAAUCCAAGAUGUUCACGUUCGGGAACUCAGGCAAGGCGGACGUCGGCCAUUGGAUUAUGCAUGAAUAUUCUCUUAGUAAGGAGUUGGUUAUGAAGAGCGGCCGAGUAAACGCCGCCGAUCUUGUCGUCUGUAAGAUCACUAAAACUGUCCAGAAGAAGGACAAAUCCCUUCACAAAACAAAUCAGGUAUUUUUUAACGGUGAUUAUCAAGUCCAAUGUGCGCAACUAGAAUCGUACGGCGAUGGUUCAAUUUAUGAAAGAUUUGCGCCGGACACAAACGAGGGAUUUUCAUCGGAAUAUAUAGGCAACAACGGCGAUUAUCAAGUCCAGGCUGCGCAACUUGACGAUGGUUCUAAUUAUGCAAGAUUUGCGCCGUACAAAAAUGAGUUUUUGUCACAAGAAACUGAAGUUUCAUCUGCAAGUCUCGGUGUUGAUCGGUUGGCGCAACCCAAUGUUGUUCCGAUUGUGCAGCAAUCCGAUGAGGGACAUGCGCCGUUGGAGGACGCAAAUAAGUUUUUGUCACCGGCAAAUGAAGUUCCAUUUGCAAACCCCGGCGCUGUUUCGAUUCUGGAGCCGUACUACGGUGGUUAUGAACUUCCACUUGUUGAAUCAGAGAUGAGUUAUCCGAUGAUUAGCUAUGGUUCGAUUGUUCAGCCGUACUGCUGCGGUUAUGAAGCUCCGGUUCCGGUUCCAGUUCCAGUUCUGGCCUCCCCGACUGUAUCAAUAAAGAGGGCAGCGGAGGUCGAUCUUCUUCGAAAUGGACAAGAUUCAGAUAUGAAAAGACAGAAAUGCGACGGCAAAGACUGGAUGAAGGAGUUCGAUGAUUUGUUCGCUUCUGAUUUUCAGCCACUAAUGGAGGCAGAGACGAGGCCGCAGCCGAACACUGAAGGUUCCGGUGAUGGACGCGUUCGGCCUCCGAUUAUCAACACGUUCCAUCAACGACGGUGAACUGAAGCCUUUGAGUUUUGAUAGUUUUAAAUUAAGUAUUCGCUCUGAAAAAGAUUUAUGUAAUAUUUUUAACUGUAGACUAGAAUUUUUCGU